UUCAUUUACCCUGAGAUCACUGAGGGUGAACUGCUCCAAAACACGCAAACUAUCUGUGGACUGUGAAGCCAACAUGGGCAGUGGGCGUUGUGUAUUUGUCCUAUUUUCCCUCCUCCAUGUCUCGCUGAGUGUGGAAAUGACAGGGUUAUAUGGCAGCUUCACCUCCCCCAACUUCCCCCAGCCAUACCCUGACAACCAGCUCAUAGUGUGGAACAUCACUGUCCCACAUGGCCACAGGGUCAAACUCUACUUCAGCCACUUCAGCAUGGAACCCUCGAACCAGUGUGAAUAUGACUACAUCCAGGUUUUGGCUGAGGGGAAUGAAACCUUACGGUUCUGCGGUGAGGAAGAGAAGAACCAUGAAUGUACCCCAAGGAACACCAUCAUACUGUCAGCUGGGAACCUCAUGUCAGUGGUCUUUAGGAGUGACUACUCUAACGAGGGCCGAUUCACCGGCUUCCAAGCAUUUUACACCUCAGAAGACAUCAACGAGUGUCAGACAAAGAUAGAUGGAGAGAGAGCGUGUGAUCAUCUUUGCCACAAUUACAUCGGUGGAUAUUAUUGCACAUGCAGACAAGGAUUUUUUCUCCAUGACAACAAAAGAUCCUGCACAGUGCCGUGCCAAAGCCAGGUGUUGACCUCACUGUCGGGGGUUCUGACCAGUCAAGGCUACCCGAGCCCUUACCCCCCAAUGAGCGAGUGUGACCACAUCAUCCGUCUGCCGGAGGGCUACAGAAUAAUCGUGGACUUCCUGGAACCCUUUGAUGUAGAGGGACACUCAGAUGUCCCGUGUCCAUAUGAUAUGUUGAAGAUUUCAACCGCUGGACAAGAAUAUGGACCUUUCUGUGGAUCAGUGCCACCCAGUCGCAUUGACACGGGAAGUUAUCAAGUGCAUGUUGUGUUCAGAUCCGACACUAGUGGGAAGAACAAGGGAUGGAAGAUCAAGUACACCAGUACCAAGGUUGAAUCCUGAUGGCUUGCAUGCACACGCCUGACAUGAACAUUAUAUGCAGGGUCGGAUUUGGAGAAAAAGUUUUUGUCUGAACAAGUUUUUCUGCUCCACCUGCACACUUUUUCGGUCCUUUAUCCAUUUCGAACUGUGCUCUUUCUGCUUGAUUUCAUUUAACAGCUGUAUUUCUGCCUGACCUCUGACAUUGCAUGAACAGAUCGACUUGAAGGGGUCAAGGGGAGGUGAUGAUGGUUGGCACCACUGCACCAGCCUUACACUGUAGAUAGCCUAUUGACAAUUUUGGGGCCGUGUAACUCCUAAUCAGAUGGGCUGUCCCAACAUCAAGUGGGCCGUGGCCACAAGCACUUUUUCCCCUGAGAGGGCAAAGGCAUUACCAGUCAUACUCUCCCUUACUUGGCCUCUGAUUGGUUACCCUGAUAUACUUACCCUAAAACUGUAUUGACAUAAUGAGCGACACAGCAGCGUGGAUACAUCGUUGUUUGAGUUGUUUCUGAAGCGUUGUCCAAGCACUCGUUGAUGGAAUCGUCCUGGGUGUAUCUUCUGCUUGCAACAAAGCACUUGAACUCAUUGUCAUCUAAAGUUUGUUUGUUGGUCAAAAUAUAUACAGUAUCUAUGCUUUUCAUCAAUGUCAGAAUCCGAUUCUAACAUUGCAUUUCAUUGCUGCAUUGCAUC